AUGACCUAUCAGCUCAGUGAUUUUGAUUACGUACUGCCGUCUGAACUGAUUGCGCAGUACCCCAGAACCAAUCGUACCGACGCGCGGCUGCUGCAACUGCUGCCGGAUGGCAUCAAACACGGCCAGUUUCCGGAUAUUCAGAAGCACCUGCAGCCCGGCGAUCUGCUGGUCAUCAACAAUACCAAGGUGAUAAAGGCGCGACUGUUUGCGCAAAAAGACAGCGGUGGGCAUGCGGAAGUCCUGCUUGAACGAUUGCUUGAUACACACCGUGCGCUCUGUCAGGUGCGGGUCAGUAAGCCGUUGAAAACUGGCAGGCACUUGAAAGUGGCCGCGCAUCAACUCACCUGCGAAUCACGUCGGGGCCAGUUUUACGUGUUGGCCAGCGAGUUGCCCUGGUUGGACCUGAUGGAUCAACAGGGUCAUGUACCUUUGCCACCGUAUAUAGAACGCGAUCAGGCCGGGCAGCAGCCCUGUGCUCUCGACGAAGAGCGAUAUCAGACUGUGUAUGGUGAAAUUCCAGGUGCAGUUGCUGCGCCCACAGCAGGGCUGCAUUUCAGUGAGUCAUUGUUAGAUGCCCUGAAGUUGCAGGGCGUGGGUAUAGCGCAGGUGACCCUGCAUGUAGGCUCGGGUACUUUUCAGCCUGUACGCGGAGACCUGGCUAACCAUGUGAUGCACAGCGAGUUCUAUCAGGUCUCUAACGAGACUGCGCAGCAGAUACAAGCCACUCGUCAACACGGCGGCCGUGUGAUAGCGGUAGGCACAACAGUGGUGCGCACUCUGGAAAGUUCAGCAUUGGCCAACGGCGGCGAGGUGUCAGCCGGUGAGGGUGAUACACAAUUAUUUGUCACGCCGGGCUUUGAAUUUAAAGUGGUUGAUGCGCUGAUCACCAAUUUCCAUCUUCCGGCAUCAACCUUGAUGAUGCUGGUAACGGCAUUUGCCGGGUACGACAAGGUCAUGCACGCUUAUCGCGAGGCGGUGCAGCAGCGGAAAAUAGCGAUGUUUGAAAUUUACGCCACAGAAGGGGCGGCCCGCAGAGGGCAGUUGACGCUGCCUCAUGGCACCGUGCAGACGCCGGUAUUCAUGCCCUGUGGUACCUACGGUACCGUCAAGGCGAUGACGCCGGCGAGCCUGCAAGAGGUGGGGACACAGAUUCUUCUUGGCAAUACCUUCCACCUGAUGUUGCGCCCUGGAUCUGAGCGCAUUGCCAGUUUUGGCGGCCUGCACAAAUUCAUGCAGUGGUCAGGACCGAUUCUGACUGACUCCGGCGGGUUUCAGGUGUUCAGCCUUGGUGAUUUGCGCAAAAUGAAUGAAGAAGGUGUGAUUUUUCGUUCACCGAUCAACGGCGACAAAGUGAAACUGACGCCAGAGUCCGCCACCCAGGUGCAGCGUCAUCUCGCCUCUGAUGUUGUCAUGGUGUUGGAUGAAUGUACCGCACACCCGGCUACCCACAAGCAGGCCGAAGUCUCCAUGCAGUUGUCCAUGCGCUGGGCUGUUCGCAGCCGCGACGCUUUUCAGCAGAGUCGAGAAGGUGCGCUGAAUCCGGGUGCAGCUCAAUUUGGCAUAGUCCAGGGUGGGAUGUUCGACGAUCUGCGUCGCGAAAGCCUGGCCGCACUGUGUGAUGUGGGUUUUGAAGGCUACGCCAUUGGCGGCCUGUCUGUGGGUGAAGAGAAGAGUGAUAUGUACAGCGUGAUGGAGGGGCUGCUGCCCCACAUGCCUGCAGAUAAGCCGCGCUAUCUGAUGGGGGUCGGCACCCCUGAGGACCUGGUGCGGGGUGUUGCCCUCGGUGUCGACAUGUUUGACUGCGUCAUGCCAACCCGCAACGGCCGUAACGGGUAUCUGUUUACCUCCACCGGUAUGGUCAAAAUUCGUAACGCUCAACACCGCGAUGCAGACAUACCUCUGGAUGUUGCCUGUGACUGUUAUACCUGCAGCAAUUUUUCCCGCGCCUAUCUGCACCAUCUGGACCGCUGCGGCGAAAUGCUUGGCGCCAUGCUGAUGACACAGCAUAAUCUGCAUUUCUACCAUAAUCUGAUGGCUGGAUUGCGAUUGAUCAACCUUUUAUUCCUCGGCGGAUUUGUGCUGAUUUUCUACUUUCUGCUGAUUCGUCCGCAGAACAAACGCCGUAAAGAACAUCAGAAUCUGGUAACCAACCUGUCCAAAGGCGACGAGAUCGUCACUGCAGGCGGCAUUGUUGGGCAGAUUAAUAAAGUGGAAGACGACUUUAUCAAGGUGCAGGUCAGCGAGAACGUUGAAAUGCGCAUACAGAAGACGGCCAUUGGUGCAACGCUGCCCAAAGGGACCAUCAAGAACCUUGAUAAAGACUGA